AUGCACGAGCAGAUUUUCCGACGAGCCGACAAGAACGAUGAUGGGAAGCUGUCAUUUGAGGAGUUCAAGAACUAUUUCGCUGAUGGGAUCCUGAGCUCGGAGGAGCUGUGGGAGUUGUUCAGUGGCAUUGACAGGUGUCAUUCAGACAAUGUGGACACGGAGAAAUUGUGUGAUUAUUUCUCGGCAUAUCUUGGAGAAUAUAGGAAUGUGCUUUCCGCCCUGGAAGCCCUCAACUCUGCGGUCCUGGCAGCCAUGGACAAAACCAAGCUGAGGUAUGAGACCUCCUCGAAGAUGGAGCAGUUCCUGACCCGCUUCCUGCUGCGGGAAACCAUGCACCAGCUGCAGUCCCUGCAGGCCUCACUGGAGUGUGCCGUGGACACCGUGGAGGAGCAGGCAGGACAGGAGAGAAAGGACAUAAAGAAGUCUGAGACCUCGGUUGGCCUGAGGUCAGGGAGACGAUGCGGGCGCAGAGGACAGAAGAACGUCUGUCUGUCUCCGACGGAUCCCUAUUCCGGGAUGCUAACGACAGGCGUUUGUGUCGAAGACAACAGCCAGUGGAUGGCACAGAUCAACAGGCUCCAGCAGCUCAUCGAGAAGCUGGAGUGCAAGAGCCCGCGCCUGGAGCCGCUGAAGGAGGAAGCGAUGUGCAAAGGAAGAGAUGCACACAUCCUGGUGGCAAAGAGGCAGAUCUCGGUGGCGACGAGCAGCAUUGAGGAGUUUCGCCAGGCGUUCAGGUCCUACACGGAGGUCACCGCCGGGCAGAGCAGCUGCCUGCACGUGUCUGCCUGCAAGCUGACGGACGAGGCCUGCUUCAUCCUUUACGAGUUCUGGCAGGACGUGACUUCGUGGAGAAGCCACUUGCAGUCCAGCUGCAGCAAGACUUUCCAGCGGGCCAUCAUCAGCUUGCUGGAGUCCCCAGAGCUGCUGACCACCAUGCUCUUCCCAGCCCUGAACCUGCUCUGCGAAGCACUGGCCCUCCUGGGUCAGUCCCAGUGGCUGCCUCCAGGUUUACAGCUCAGUGGUGCUGAGGCAGGGGAGAGACCAGCUCAGGGAAAACGCACGUUCCCCACGGUACCGGUAGAAAUCUGACCAAGACGUGAGGAUCUGGGAGAGCUUGGUGACAGAUAAGACCAAAUUAAGCCCCAGUUUGCUAUCACUUUCGGGUCUUGUACAGAAUAACAUGAAACACAGAUUAAUUUGGACUAAAUUCCACACUGGUGGUGCUCCUCCUGACCUGCCAGUCCCGCUGACCACAUUCCCAGUGCUCCCCUGCAGAAGUC